AUGGCCCAGGUUUUGGUGAUGAUAGAAAACCCGUACUACUGCAAGCCUAAAGUGUCUCUGAAAGCGGACGCGGCACUGGAAGUACUCAGGAUCGUCCUCGAACGUUCUCGUAAUCAUCCCCUUGAUUUCCAUCUUGAGUACAACCAUCCCUACUCGAUGGAGAAGGAUGACAUAGCCCAAGCAAUGGAGCGAUGUUUUUAUAUGAUGGUUGCCCAUUCAAAACGAUGGAGAGCGGUCGAAAUGAUUAAUGGACUUAUUAAUGCGUACAUCUAUUGUCCUGGUGAGGACCCGGAGUCCAGAAAUAUAAGUGCUUUCGAGGUUGCUCCAAAACUCGAGAGACUUGAUCUGAGAGGCAUGCACCCAGACGCAGACAUCCGUUUCCCAACCACCAACCUCAUCUCUUUCUUGGAUGCAAGACCAUUUGGCGGAGACCGGCUGACCCUCCAAUAUCUCGACCUGGUCAAAUCAGCUCCAAAACUCCGUUCAUUCUCAUACAACGAUUACGAGUAUUGCCAGAUCUCCACCCCAAUAUCCUUCCCCCGCGUCAUGUCCAGAUCGGUUAAACAACUUUCGACAGCUUCCCCAAACUUUAUGCGCAGCCUGAUACUACCGUCGCUGGAGAAAUUCAUGCUGGCCACCGAGUGGGACCUAGGUAUGGGAGACGUUGAAGAUACAAUAAGGUGCCCUGACGAUGCGCUGGGUGCACUACGCGAAAUGCUUCUGCAAUCGCGAUGUUCUCUAACACAAUUACACCUUGUUGAUGUGGUCUUGGACGACAACCUUGCGAACAUCAUACGGAUCAUGCCUGGCUUGCGGAAGUUCACCGUUGAGUACAACGAAUGGGUAGAUGAUUAUGACCCCAUUCUGCAGUCUCUUGUGACACAAUUGAGCGAGGUCAGUCUGGUAGGCGGGUCACUUCAGCACUCCAUGGUCCCAUCUCUGCAAGAACUUGGUGUUUACCUGCAUGAGCUCCGGUGCACUCACAUAUCUUUCAUCAAUUCCGCAUUUGUGGACAUGGUUGCUUCGCGACUGCGUCACCCGUCCGAUGCGCCACAUCUCACGAAGGUAGUUUUACUUGUGUCGGGGCAGAAGUGGAGUUAUGAUCUUGAUAAGGCGGCUAAGGAUGCCCUGAAUAGUUUGAAAGGCGAGGGACUUGAGCUUGUCUUGGACCGGGUGAUGAGAGAUCCCGGGUCUGAUGAACGUUAA